CAACAUGGCGACCAGAAGCGAGACACAGCAACUUCGGAACAGGCGAAGUUCAAAGGAUGCUUUAUGGACACCUUCCCCUAAUGAUGAAUGGGACCCUAAUCUGCCGUAUGGAGGUAAAGUCUACCUUGCGCGGAAGAAAAAGCCGGAUCCGUUACACGUCAGACUGUUUGAGGGAUUCAUCAUUCUCCUGGUGUUUGCGUUCUGUCUCUAUGCAUACUACUACUUUGAUAACCUCCAUUUCCAUGUGAUUCACGGGUACGCUCACCUUGGCUAUGAGCACGCACAACACUUGGUGGGACAGAGAUAUCUCUAUGGUCAUGGUGUUGAAAAACAUGAAGGCAAAGCAAUGGAAUGGUUUAAAAAAGCAGCAGAUCAGGGACAUCCUCAUGCCUCCUACAAUCUGGCAGUGGGCCACCUGAAUGGGUUACACACAUUACCCAGAGGUGAGGCCCACAGACUGGUUCAGCAUGCAGCACAGAAAGGCGUCCCUGAGGCCCACCACGUCCUCAGCAAUAUAUGCUCCAAGGGAGGGUGUGAAUAAGUAUCAGCAGGCAUUAAACAGAGGUCAGAGGGCUUAAAUGGAGAACAAGGAACUUAUGUUAAUAGAGAUCUGAAUUGAAACAGCAUUACUAGAAUUGUGUAACCAAUUACAACUCUGCCAGUUGCAAUAUUACUGAAAAUGAAAAACAUUUCAAUUAAAUCUUUGGAUAAUUUUUCCUAUUGGCAUUGACUGAGAUUAUCCAUCAGAAUCCAACCAUCUUUGUACUUAAAUCCAUCGCGGAAUCUAGCUUUUCAAAUGAUUACAAAUAACUUUGGGCAAAAGUCGACCAGUAAUGAAAAAUGCAAUUUCUUAGAUCUGGGAUGAUUAAUGUAAAAUAUUGGCAUGUUUGUACUUAUCAUGCACAAAUCUCAAACUUGUCACCUGCUCCAAUAUUUUUUUAGGACUCAUUGACAUUCUGUACUUGAUAUACUCAAAUAUACAUGAUCAGUUCAGCUCAAAUGGGGAAAAACAUGACAGGGUUGUAUACAACCUGCCACACUCUCAUUACAUUUGUUCAUGUGUUUAUUACCACUCAUUCAAGGAAAGUGUAAUAUUUGGUGUUGUUUUUUUGAAACAAAUCUUCAGUUUUAAGCUUGCGUCCAAAUCUCCCUAUGUGUUAAGAGAGAACAGAGUUGUUUGCAAAUGUUUGUUUUGGUGCAGUUUUAAAGAUUGUAUCAUUUUGAUAACUGCUAUUCUACAGUAGACCUUACAUACAUUGUAUUAAUUGGGACCAACUAUUAUUGUCCAUAAUAUGCAGUCUGAUUUUUACAUGAAUACUGUUCUGUCAUAAGACAGGGGCAGAACAUUAUAAUAGGGGAGUGUCUGGUUGAUGUGUGGCCAUUACAAUAAUAUUAUGCAAGAUCUGCUGUUACAUGGAUUUAAUUUUAUCAACUGGUAGCAUUUAUUAUUUAAUUAAAGUGUUGUUUAAGGAUUUCAAUAAUUGUUAACCUCAUAAGAAUGUUUAUUUUGUGGAAUUUAUACUAGUCUGUCCAUCUCAUGGAUAAAGAAAAGAAUCUCAUUUUUGUUUGUGGGUUAGUGCAAGUUUAACAUGUUUUAUGUUUAUUGUAUUACUAAUAAGAUGAUUGUGCAUUUUAUUUAAGGUAUUUUAUAAGAUCUUUUUUUGUAAUACUCACAUUCCGUCCGACUUGCAUGAAAAGUACCCCAAGUUGCAGAGGUUACUAAGGGUUGUGAAAAAGAGAACCAAAGAAACUGCAAAAGGCUGCUGAAAUUCUCCACUCCGUUAUUGCAUCUUUGCUUCAUCGUACUGUGUUAAAUAAUUACACUUUAUUUUUGUUUAUCAAUAACUGUAAAUCAAUCAGUGUGCAUAUUGUCAAGUCAGGCAAGAAAUAAAUGUGUUCACUGUAUAAAAAUUGAAUUUAUUGACAUUUUUACAUUCCACUCUUAGCAGAAUUACCAAAGCUUAAUUGGUAUUUUUCUGAACUUUCUUUUGUUUUUCUCUGUAGGAAUACACGUUGUUCCAUAGACAGCUUACUAUGCAAUUUAUCCAUUUUUUU